CAGGUGCGGUGACCACGCCCCCACACCACCAUAUUUGGAAAGCGUCCGCAUUCCAAAGGGCUCUGGGCGGGGCUAUGACGCCACCUGUUUGUGAAUGAGCUGCGGGAGCCGCAGAAGUGAAGGAGGAGAACUGAGGAGCCGCCGGAGGAGCAGCCGGAGGAGAGCACACGGCAGGAAACACGACCACGGCGGCUUCCUAAAGUUGUGGAAAAAUGGAUUUCCAUCGGCUCUACUUAUUUUUGGCUUUAUUAACUGUCCAAGUUGUUAUCAGCCUCCAGUCAAACAAACAAGUCUUGUUGGAUAUGGGUGCAUCAAGGGGAGAGUUGGGGUGGUUGGCUUCGCCUGACAAAAACGGCUGGGAGAUCGUCCAGACCGUAGUGAACGGCUCACUUUUCUACACCUACAGUGUAUGUAACAUAGACUCUACUGAACAGGAUAACUGGUUGCGCACAACAUUCAUUCAGCGGCGUCCAGGGACGACACGCGUGUCUGUGGAGCUUCGUUUUGUGGUGCGAGAUUGCAACACCUUUGGCGAUUCUUCCCUGUCUUGCAAAGAAACCUUCAACCUUUUCAUCUCAGAGGCUGACGCCGAUGUGGGAACCACUUUCCGCAAAGGUCAGUUCCGCAAGGUGGCCACGAUCGCUCCCGAUGAGAUCACAAAGGACCGUGAGCUGAAAGUCAACACAGAGACGAAGACAGUGGGCCCCCUGUCGCAAAAGGGUUUUUACCUGGCCUUCCAGGACAUGGGGGCUUGCGUGGCACUGCUGUCUGUCAGAGUGUACUACAAGACGUGCCCAUCCACAGUGCAGAGCUUAGCGGCCUUCCCGGAGACCGUGGCCGAUGCUCUGAAGGAGGUGACGGGAUCCUGUGUGGAGAACGCGUUCAGUCAGUCCACCCCACGCAUCUACUGCACAGCUGAGGGCGAAUGGGUGGUUCCAGUGGGACAGUGCCAGUGCCUCGCAGGCUAUGAAACCACGGGGGAGUCCUGCCAAGUUUGCAAACCAGGCUACUUCAAGCCAUCUGUCUCCAGCGACUUAUGCCAGAUUUGCCCGGCAAACACCAAACCCACCGAAUCCGGCGCCCAUGAAUGCCAGUGUGGGGAUGGGUUCUUCCGCUCGCCUUCAGACCGUCCAACAUCAGCGUGCUCUGCACCACCCGGACCCCCUCGUGAUCUGACCUCCACCACCCUGUCAGCAGAGGGAAGACUACAGCUGUUUUGGAGAGUUCCACUGGUGACGGGCGGCCGCAGUGACCUCACAUACAGUGUGGUGUGUGAGCGUUGCGAUGGGUCCUCAUGCAUGCCCUGCGGCGAGAAGAUCCGUUUCGAGCCAGGUCCCACAAACUUGAAGGACGCCACAGUCAUUGUCGGUGACCUGGAUUCUCAUCUCAACUACACUUUCACUGUGGAAUCUCACAGUGGUGUGUCACCAUACAGCACCGACAGACCCACAGCGACCAUCACCACCGCUCUGGAUUACACAGAUCCCCCGAAGGUGACGCUGAUCCAUUUGGAUGACCGCAGCCCCACCAGUCUGUCUCUGUCCUGGAUUUUGUCUCGUAGGCCUCCAGCACACAUUAAUCACCGUUAUGAACUCAUGUACCGCAGAAAAAAUGGUGACAAUGAGCGAGAUGUAACUACAUACACAGUCCUGAUUUUGGAUAAAUGCUCAGUCCAGAUUAACGACCUUUCCCCAGACACUACAUACAUAUUCAGAGUUCAAGCAUUGAGUCCCGAAGGCAACCCUGGCAGCUACAGCUUAGAUCACGAGUUCCGUACUUCAUCUUUAGCUGAGUCCCGUGUCCAGAAUAAGUCCACCAUGGUUAUGGCUGGUGUUGCUGGGGUAGCAGUUAUCCUACUGAUUGUGGUGGCCAUCCUGCUGUUCCGUAAAUGGAGGAUGAGACUUCCUGGCAGGAGAGGACCAGAAGAUCCCUACUUUUCGACAGAUCAGCUGAAGCCUCUGAAAACUUAUGUGGACCCGCAUAUGUAUGAGGAUCCUAACAUUGCCAUCCAGAAGUUUGUCACAGAAAUUGACCCUAAUGCCAUUACCAAACAAAAAGUCAUCGGUGUAGGAGAGUUCGGUGAAGUGUUUCGGGGUGUGAUGAAGACACCGCUACGAGGAGAGGUGGCUGUAGCCAUCAAAACUCUGAAGCUGGGCUACUCGGAGAAGCAGAGGCAGGACUUCUUGAGUGAAGCCAGCAUUAUGGGACAGUUCUCACACCCAAAUAUCAUCCGUUUGGAGGGAGUGGUCACCAAAUGUGAGUCAGAUGUCUUCCUGUGUAACUGCUGCUUCAUCCCAGAAAAAUCCACACUUUUCCUAUUUGUAAUUUGUUCGAUUAACAAGUUUUUGCUUGGAUCUGCAGUCAAACAUGCCAUGAUAGUGACGGAAUACAUGGAGAAUGGAGCGCUCGACACAUAUCUGAAGGGCCGUGAUGGAGAGAUUCCGUCAUAUCAGCUUGUAGGAAUGCUACAUGGAAUAGCGGCCGGUAUGAAGUACCUGUCAGACAUGAACUAUGUCCACCGAGACCUGGCAGCAAGAAAUGUGCUUGUAACCAGCAACCUAGAAUGUAAAGUGUCUGAUUUUGGCCUGUCACGUGUGCUGGAAGAUGAUGCAGAGGGAACGUACACAACCAGGGGAGGUAAAAUCCCAAUCCGUUGGACUGCUCCGGAGGCCAUCGCAUAUAGGAAAUUCACUUCAGCCAGUGAUGUGUGGAGUUUUGGCAUUGUAAUGUGGGAGGUCAUGGCAUUUGGUGAACGACCCUACUGGGACAUGAGCAACCACGAGGUUAUGAAGGCAAUAAACGAGGCUUUCAGGCUUCCUGCUCCGAUGGACUGCCCGUCUACGGUCUACCAGCUCAUGCUCCAGUGUUGGCAACACGAUCGCUCCAAACGACCGCGUUUCUCCGACAUUGUCAACAUUUUGGAUAAACUAAUCCGAAGCCCGGAGUCUUUAAAAACCAUUGCUGACUUUGACCCACGUGUGUCCAUCCGGCUGCCCAGCACCAGCGGCUGUGAUGGCACAAUAUUCAGGUCCGUUCCCGAGUGGCUGGAGUCCAUCAAAAUGAGCCAGUACAGUGACAGCUUUGCUCGUGCUGGAAUCACCACCAUGGAGCAGGUGCUCGCCUUGAGGCAUGAAGACAUAAGGAAUAUUGGAGUACGGUUACCAGGUCACAUGAAGAGGAUAGCCUACAGUAUCCUGGGCCUGAAAGACGAGACCAGUUCACUCAGCGUUUUUGCGGUGUGAUCUAAGCAUUCCUCCAAAUGGCCGAGCGUGCCAUUUCACUGAGGGAGUACUGAAGUCGGAGGUGAAACUGAGCCGCGCUGCUGUUAAUAUCUGACAAAGCGCGGCACGACUGAGGUCGACCCUCCAAACUGCUCAGAAAGGACUGAGAUUUAAAAUGCUAAAUGUAUUUUAAUGUAAAAGAGAGCAAUAAUUUAUGUCAAAUAUGCAGUAUCUUCAGCAUUGUAGUAAAUGACUGAGAUUAUUUUGUAUUUACUAGAUGACUGAACUGGAAGUCUUAAAUUUAUAUAUACAUAUAUAUGAUGUAUAUAUUAAGGCCCUUUAUGAAAUAAGGGUUACUUUUUCUAAGUACUCACUUUUCCUUCCAGGAUUCUAUGGAUCCUUCAGUUUGUUUUUAUACUGUUUUCGAGAUUGCGACUUGCUUUUAAAUUUGGAAUUAUUAUUAUACUCAGGGGAGAAAAAAAAUCACCUUCUUUUGUGUGGUUGUUUGUCUCUUCACUCUACACCUCAAUAGAUUUUCUUAAGUCAUUUAUUUUACUGUUUACAUUGCGUGUCAUUACAACUGUACAUUUUAUUUAAUAUUUAUUUUAUAUUUAUGUCAUUGGAUACAUGUGAAAUAACACUGCGAUGGCACACUUUUACCAAUUGAUGUGUGUAUUUUUUAAAAUAUAGUUUUGCGUUGUGAACAUA